GCUUCAUUCUUGAUUCUCUAUUCACGCUUCAUUGUUAUCGUCGUCCUUCGAUCCCCAUUCCCGUUUCCAUCUCCUUCAUUAUCACUGUUUCCUAGGGCUUAUACAAUGUGUAUGCUGUGUAAUGUUCGAGCUCGUAAAUUCUGCUUGUCUAUGGGAUAAUUGCUCCAUGCCCUGAAUGCAUCAUGGUCUCAGAAACAGUUCCAAUGAGUCGUUUUACAAAUGGAGACGCUGAAUACAAUCUUCACAAUUCAGGAGAGAAAAGUCCAUGGCAAGGAUAUGAUGGUAGAAAUGGAAACAUGGCUUCUGCUGGAACCAGUGAUACUACUUGUCACGGUGUAACUCAUGGGGAGGAAAGACUUCCAGGAUCUGUCAGAGAUACACCAGACAAUAUUAAUGUGAACAGAGAAAUAUAUUGUGCACCAAAAAAAGCUAGAGAGCAUACCGAAAUGACCUUCCAAGCUAUGUACAAUCAGGAAUAUGAUUUUGAUGAUGAUGAUGAUGAUGAUGAUAGUGACUGGGAACCCUUAGAAAAACCUACAACAGUUGUAAAAUGGUUUUGUGUCAAUUGUACAAUGGUUAACCUAGACGAUUGUGUCCAUUGCGAUAUUUGUGGAGAACAUAAAGAAUCUGGAAUACUUAGGCACGGAUAUUUUGCACCUCCUUUCCUAAAAGAAUCGGGCCGUACGGAGGAUGAGUCUGAAAAAAUAGAAAGAUGUAAAGAUUCAUCCUCACGAAAUUUGGUGUCAGAAAAUUCUACUGCAGUGGGAUUUGACGAGAGAAUGUUGCUUCACUCAGAAGUUCAAAUGAAGUCACAUCCACAUCCAGAAAGACCAGAUCGUCUUCGAGCUAUAGCUGCUAGCCUUGCAACUGCUGGUCUAUUUCCAGGACAAUGCUUUCCAAUAGCUGGAAGAGAAAUUACAAAAGAGGAACUGCUUAUGGUACACUCUUUGGAUCAUAUUGAAUCAGUGGAGAUCACUAGCCAUUUUCUUUCUAGCUACUUCACUCCUGAUACAUAUGCAAACGAGCAUUCAGCACAAGCUGCUAGGCUUGCAGCUGGUUUGUGUGCUGAUCUUACUAAAGCAAUUUUGACUGGACGUGCAAAAAAUGGGUUUGCUUUGGUCAGGCCUCCUGGGCACCAUGCUGGUGUAAGACAGGCGAUGGGAUUCUGCCUUCAUAAUAAUGCAGCAGUUGCCGCAUUAGUAGCUGGGGCUGCUGGGGCCAAGAAAGUGCUAAUUGUAGAUUGGGAUGUGCAUCACGGAAAUGGCACACAAGAAAUAUUUGAAGGGUGCAAAUGGGUCUUGUAUAUCUCCUUGCAUAGACAUGAGGGCGGGAAGUUCUAUCCUGGUACAGGUGCUGCUCAUGACGUUGGUACCAAGGAUGCAGAAGGAUAUUGUGUGAAUAUCCCAUGGAGUCGUGGUGGAGUUGGUGACAAUGAUUAUAUUUUUGCAUUCCAGAAUGUUGUGCUACCUAUAGCUUCUGAGUUUGCCCCUGAUUUUACCAUCAUAUCUGCUGGAUUUGAUGCGGCAAGGGGUGAUCCCCUUGGCUGCUGUGAUGUGACUCCUGAUGGCUUUGCACAAAUGGCACAUAUGUUGAGUGCUCUUUCUGGUGGGAAGUUGCUUGUUAUUCUUGAGGGCGGAUAUAAUCUACGAUCAAUAUCAUCUUCUGCAACUGCAGUGAUUAAGGUCUUGCUUGGUGAAAAUCCCAGAUGUGAAGAGAAUGUUGUACCAUCUAAAUCUGGAUUGUUGACUAUUCUUGAAGUCCUGAAAAUUCAGUUGAACUUCUGGCCUUCACUGGAAUCCAUCCUUUUGAAGUUGCAGUCACAAUGGGGAACACAUGCUCUUCAGGAUAGAAAGAAACGUUCAAGAAAGAGACAGCGUGCCAGGGUUCCACUAUGGUGGCAGUGGGGACGGAAAAGAUUGUUGUUUCAUGUCUUCUCCCGGAAGCUUCAACUAAAUGUUAAGAGGUUUUGAAUACUUAUUGUACAUAACAUGCAUAACAUGAUGCAUUUCCUUUUUGUAAUUUGGUGUGUUUUCAUGUAUUCUCAGUAUGCUUCAAGGAGCCUUUUUCCUAAUUGAUAUGGGAAUCAGGAGAUCUCUCAUUGUUAUUUUUGUUUC